AAAAAAAAAAAAAAAGUUGCGAAUGGUGUGAUUGCGGGUUCGUCAACAAUCAUCUUAUGCAAUGGCCAGCCGAUUCGUUCGCCGUAUAUCCAGUUUUCGUUUUCUUCCAGUAACAGCACGGCCCACGUGUUUGUCGCAUGCUAAUAUUCCUCGUCAGUCUCACAUUGCGCCUCUGAAUCGACGAUGGGCCAGCACAGCCAAAGAAUCAGCCGACAAUAAGAGCAAUGCGUCAGCUGGCAUGUAUGCUGCUGCUCUUUUCAUCAGCAUGCUUGGUUUAUCCUAUGCUGCCGUGCCUUUGUAUCGAUUAUUCUGCGCUAGCACAGGUUACAGCGGGACGCCCGUAACGGAUAAGAGCCGCUUUGGACCGGAACGUCUGGUGCCGAAAGACGAAAAGAAAAGAAUACGAAUUACAUUUGAAAGCAACACAUCCGACGCUUUGCCUUGGUCGUUCAAGCCCGAAUUGCGCGAAGUAUGGGUUGUUCCUGGCGAAACGGCGUUAACGUUCUAUCAAGCCAAGAGCAAAGCAAAAGAAGAUAUCGUAGGCAUUGCCACUUACAAUGUCGCACCUCAUCGAGCAGGCUCGUAUUUCAAUAAGAUUCAAUGUUUUUGCUUUGAAGAACAGAAGUUAUCUCCUGGCGAAGAUGUGGACAUGCCCGUAUUCUUUUUCAUCGAUCCGGAUUUCCUUGAAGAUCCCUACAUGAAGGACGUUAAUACCAUCACGCUGAGCUACACAUUCUUUAAUGCCAAAUAUGCAAAGCACUUGAGCCCAGGUCAGCCUCAAUCUUGAUAGAACA